AUGCCUUUUUCCGAUGCCAGUCUAACAAUGUCUGACUUCGACCCUGAACACGAAGCACUGGCCUCCACUCGAGAAAUUGGCAGUCCUCGACUUCCUAAUAUGCAUGAUAUGCACGACGACGACGAACCCGAUUUCGCUAUCAAUACUUCCACCCUCGACCGUGCCUUCCCCGAAUUUUCUCAGUUACAUAGCUCCGAAGAAGAGCUUGAGGCAGAUCUAAUGUCCGACAAUAACAGUGAACCCUCAAUGGAACUAGGUCGCGCCGCAGGCAAGUCCGCGCGUCGCCUGGACGACUCCCGAAGCUCCAUCAUGAGCUUCCAAAACAGCGUGCGAUCCUCGUCCCCAGCUGUGCGCGUGGAAUACCCCACCCCCCAGAAGAGUGCUCCAGCCCGCUCGACCACAAAACGCGCUGCCAGCGAGAAUCUGCGAAAGGACGCCCAAUUGCGACGGGCCAACCAGGCACAGAAGGAACAUAUGAUGAUGACCUCACAAAGCUCCAAGAACCAGCGCGAGCAACGCCGUACUCUCUCAGAUAUGCACGAAAAAGUGCGAGAGAACUACGAAGGCUCAUUUUUGGGUGAUGAACGCCCCGCGCCAUACGAGGCCAAGUCCCGAUCCACGCGUUUUGCCCACCCCAACAACUCCCAAGAGAUUGCGGAUGCAAUUGAGCGCGUCUCUAGAGAAGCCUACGCGAAAGAAAUUCGCAAGGCCAAUUCAACAGCAUCUCCACGCCGCCCAGCCGCAAAUAAUACACACACUCAUGAGAUGGGUGAUACCAUGACUCGCAACUCCUUCCUUCUUCCCGACCUCCCCAACAUCUCUGAAUUGAUUUCUGGCGUAUACGAGGAUGGAACUCCUGUCUUCUCCCACAAGCGUUCUACUCGAUUUGUAUCUCCCCCUCAUGACGCGAUGGAGGUGUCUAUGACCCGUGAGCACCUGCCUCUCGAUGCUGUUCCAAUCCCCGAGGAUGAAAAAGCUUUGUUUGUCUCUCUCCGACUUCUACAGGACAAGGUGUCCGAGCUCGAGAUGUAUAAGUCAGAUGCGGAGAAGAGACUCGAAAAUUACCGUGAAGAGAAUGCUGUCCUUAAGGCAAGUAAAUCUCGAAGCCACGACAAAUAUGCUAUGGAUGAGGGUGAGAGCAGGAAGAUGUCUAAGCGAGCCGCCGCCGAGGUGCAAAAACUUCAAGCAGAGAGCAUUGCUCUUCAAAACCAGCUCGACAUCGCCGACCGGAAGGCUCAGGUCCAGGAAGCCGCUGUGCGACGUCUGAACCAGGAAAGAGAAUCCGCCAUUUCUCAGUUGGGCGUGGCUUAUCUCGAAUCACGCGAACUCAAGGUCGAGAAUGAGGAGUUGAGACGGGAAAACGCAGACCUGAAAUCCCAGCUGAGCCAAUGCUCCAACAGAAAGACUCGUGAAAAGGAGACUGUCGAAUCUGAGACUAGCCUCACUGGGUCGGAUCUCGAUGACAGUCAGAUAUACACAGAGCGCAGUGCCGACAUGAGCCGCAGUACCAGGGACGUAACCUCGAAGAGUGCCCGCUCCGCUACCAAGCCCAGACGCCAGGAUGAAUCUCGGACCAAGAUCUCAACCCAGGUGGACAAGGAGAUUUUGCGACUGGAGAAGGAACGGGCAGAAGAAGCACUAUUCUCGAUCGAGAUGCCUGCCACGAAGCGUUCGUCCAAGUCAUCAAAGGAGUCAAGGAGUGUUCGAAAGCAGCCCAACACUAGCAAGCAGCGAGUCAAGCGGGUUGUUGUCGAAGAUGUGAGCGAGCCAGUGGAGGCGACUGAGCAGAGCAAGAGUUCCUCCCAGGUGGAUGAGCUUACCCUGCUGAGCAUUAUUGAUGAAAAUGAGAUUGCACGUCUUCGCAAGACACUGGAAGAGGAAAGAUUAUCACGCAAACAGCGCCGUUCUAGUGCUACAAAGGAACCAACUACUACCGCCACUACCACCACCGAUGCCAUCAACACUACCCGCCAGGGUAUUCUCAAGACACCACUUCCGCGCAAAUCGUCUCUGCGUGAGCCCAAGAUCCAGAUCCCUCGACCUGCAUCGGCCACCGGUGAUAUCACCUCUCGAUCAGUAGCAACAACUGAGGGUGAAAACAGCUUGGUGGUUCCUAUUGUCGAGCGUCCUAGACGCCAUUCCGAUCAUUCAGUGGCUUCAGUCGCCUCUCAGCGCAAGAAGCGCAAGAACAUCGAAGACAUGACAUCCGCUUUGAUUCUCCCUGAUAUUACCCUGAGCCGUGUAGAGCUGGCUGCCAGUAACCCGACUCGCCUCCCAGAGGCUGACCAACGAGCCUUGGACAACCUUGCCCAACACGAAGGCAAGAACUGCAUGAUUUGCAAGAACGUGCUCCCCAACGACACCUGCAACCACGAACCCGUUAAAGUUCCCAAGCCUGUUCCAGUUUCGGAGCGCAUGCCCAAGCCAGCGCCCUACACCGAGGAACCGACUAUGCGUCCUUCUCAGCCUCCUGCUGUAGCGCUCGCUACUGUGCUCAAGACCCUCGAGGAUGAGUUGGCUCAUUUGAAGAUGCAGCUUGCUACCUACCAAAGCGCAUACAACAAGCUGGAUGCAUCGCUUGGCAAGCGACAGCGCAAGGCAUUGUUGGAGAAAAUUGAGACUGUUUUGAGAGACAUUGAUAUGAAAUCUGACCAGAUCUAUGCGCUCUAUGAUGUUCUCGAGGGCCAGAAAGGCCGCCGAGAGAUGACAGAACAAGAGAUGGAGAUGACAUUGGAGUCUAUUGGCCUUGAUGCCACUAUUCCAGACGUGACUGGAACGACAAAUAAGUCGUCACAUCUGGCCGAGUCUGACGACGAGGAUGAAUUGCCCUGGGAGGGCAUUGAGAGCACUGCAGAGUUGACUGGACGUUCUUAA